AUGCUAUUGCUUGUAAUUCACAGAAUCAUUGCAUUAACAGGAAAUGGGAUCCAACGUGGAGCUGGUAUGGCCAGAGUCAGAGGCAUAUUCCUCACGGAUAAGAUUCAGUUUAGCGGACAGAUUGUGCAUGGGGUUUUGUUGCAUAGAGUAGCGGGGCAGGGUGUGAAAGACUUGGAUGGACUAAGUUUCUUAAUAGGGUGCGACGUUGCUCAGUUCACUCGUCAGGAUUUCUGUUUGAUCACAAGGCUUUGUUUUGGGGAAGUGCCUAAAGUUUCCAAUGGAGAAAGUGAUGAAAUUAGACUUCAGAAAAGAUAUUUUAUAGACGAAGGAGUUACAUGUAAUGCUUUAGAAGAAGCAUUUCUGCGGUGCACAGAGGAAGAUGACAUCUACAAGCUAGCUCUUGUUUACUUUGCUGAGUUAGUGGUUUUGGGAAGGGACAAGCAUUUGAACAUCAAUCUAAAUUACCUGACUCUUGUAGAGGACUUGGAUGCGGUCAACAGGUAUCCGUGGGGUUCGGUGUCCUUUGAAAAAACUCAAGACAAUCUGUUUUCUACACUAACAAAGUAUGUGAAAAGCUUUGAAGAGGGAAGAGGGAAGGGGAAAAGUAAGGUAACGGGAACAAGCCGGAGAAAUGAGAAGGGCAAGAAGGAUAAGCAUGGUGAAGUGCAAAGGGGUGGCUGGAGUUUUAAAGGUUUCAUGUAUGCUUUCCAGAUUUGGGUAUAUGAAUUAAUUCCUAGAAUGGCGGACCUGAAUUACUGCAAGGUUGUUGAUCCGACAGCUCUCCCGCAUAUUUUGCGAUGGAGAACUACUACGUCUGUUCCCGAGAUGAGAAAGUUGAACAAUUAUUUUUUCCAGAGCAAAGAGUCAGUUCAGUUGCGGGCGCUAUGUCCAAGUGAAGAGGAAAUGAGACAACCAUAUUGGAGUUGGCCACAGGAUCGCCCUGUUGUUGUCUCGGCAGAGUCAAUUCCUUCUUCAUGUGCUGACCUUGAUGAGUUGAACAAGGCGUUAAGCUUGUUGAGGUCCGAGUUGUUUCAAGAAGUGAGAAGGGAAAUAGCUUUACUGAAAGAAUGGACAAAUCAUUGUGUCGUGUCACAUCUAUUUAAGGGACAUGAGGAAGUGGAUGACAUGCAAUGGGAUGAAGGGCCAAGUAACAGAAAUGAGGGAGAGGAAAAUGAAGAGGAGGACAUUGAAGGGGGUGAAGGGCAAAAUAACAUAAAUGAGGGAGAGGAAAAGGAAGAGGAGGGGAUUGAAAGGGGUGAAGGGGCAAGUAAGAGAAAUGAGGGAGAAGAAAAGGAAGAGGAGGGGAUUGAAGGGGGUGAAGUGCAAAGAAAACCAAGUGAGGUAGAGGAAGCUCAAAGGAAAAGAAGUGAGGGAGAGCAAGUGAAAAUAAAAAGCAACAAGGGAGAGGAAGCGCAAAGAAAGAGCAUUAAGGGAGAGGAAGUGAAUAGAAAAAGCAAUGAGGGAGAGCAACUACAAAGAAAAAGCAGUGAGGGAGAGGAAGGGCAAGGAAGUGAAAAGACAGAGAAGUGA